CUUCAUCGGAGGACGCUCUUUCUUUACAGAACAAUCUCCUGCAUUUUUGUUGAAGUUACCGGUCCAUUAUGUCUUCGUGGUGUGGUUCACUGUGUCUACUGGUCCUACUGGGAGUUGCCUUGGUGUCUGGGAGUCCUUGCCAGUUUGUUUCUGAGAACAUGCAACAAACCCACGAAUCCAUCGCUGAUGUGCUGAAAUUGAAGGAGCAGGAGAUCGGCAGUAAUCCUCUCUUCAGUUCUGUCAUAAAGAGCAUCAACACCUCCUGCCAGAGAAAAGUUCACGUGAUGAACGCCACUCUGAACGUCUACACUCGAAUCUUCUCCAGCAUCCUGCAGAACAACCAGCACCAUGACGGGACCAGGACCUCUCUGCUGGAUGGGCUGCAGUCCGACAGCGAAAGGUCUGGCGUGAAGUCGGCCUUGACGGAGUAUCAGCACAAGAUUGAGGAGCUGAGGAGACACCUGGGCCAGGUGAACCAGGACAGAGAGGAUGUGCUCAGCAAGCUGAAAAAAAUAGAGGUGGACGACCCCUUGGUUCAGAAAAGGGCUCUGGCUCAGUUUAAAGAGGUCUACCAGGCGGCCUCUCUGAUUGGCUCCACCCGAUGUGGACACGCCCACUCCUCCUCUGCUGAAUGA